AUGGCGGCGAACCACGAGAAGCAUGGCCUGCUCUUGGCCGCCGCCAUCCUGCUGCUCCUUCUUUUCCUCCUAGCCAAGCUCAGGCGGCGUCGCAAGAAGUAUGGUGGCGUGCCGCUGAACCCGCCUCCGGGGCCAUGGCAGCUGCCGGUGAUCGGCAGCAUGCACCACCUCGUGGGCGCGCUCCCGCACCGCGCCAUGCGCGACCUCGCCCUCCGGCACGGCCCUCUCAUGCUGCUCCGCAUGGGCGAGCUCCCCGUCGUCGUGGCCUCGUCAGCGGCCGCGGCGAGGGACGUCCUCAAGACCCACGACGCCGCCUUCGCCACGCGUCCGAGAACGAACACCAUCGCCACGCUCGACGGAGACGGCCUCGGCUUCGCUCUCGCGCCGUACGGCGACCACUGGCGCCGCGUCCGCAAGCUCUGCGUCACGGAGCUGCUCGGCGCGCCGCGGGUCCGGUCGUUCCAGGGGACACGCGAGGCUGAGGCGGCCGCCCUCGUCGCGUCCGUGGCCGCCGCGGCGGCGUCCGGGGACGUCGUGAACGUCAGCUCCCUCGUCAGCACGUACGUCGUCGACGCCGCGGUGCGCGUCAUUGUUGGCGACCGGAUCGCGGGCCGCGACGCCUUCCUGGCGUGCCUGGAGGAGGGCCUCAGGUUGUCCUCCGGGUUCAGCCUCGCCGACCUGUUCCCGUCGUCGCGCCUCGCGCGCGCGCUCAGCAGGAGGUCGCGCCAGGUGGAGGCGGCAGCCCAGGAGAUGUCCAGGGUCAUGGACGGCGUCAUCGAGGAGAAACGCGCGAGGAAGGCGGCCGGCAAUGGCAUGGGCAGGGAGGAAGAGCAGGACAUCCUGGACGUGCUUCUGGACGGCGGCGGUACCGCGCCUCUCGACAUCGGGACCAUCCGUGCCGUGGUGAGGGAUCUCUUCGGAGCCGGGAGCGAGUCCUCGGCGUCGACGCUGCAGUGGGCCAUGGCGGAGCUGAUGCGGAGGCCGGCGGCGCUCCGGAGGGCGCAGGCGGAGGUGCGGGGCGCGCUCGCCGGGCAGAGCCGCGUCCGGGAGGAGGCCCUGCAGGAGCUGCCGUACCUGCGGCUGGUGAUCAAGGAGACGCUCCGGCUGCACGCCACGGUGCCGCUGAUGCUGCCGCGGGAGAGCCGCGAGGCCACCCGCGUCCUCGGGUACGACGUGCCGCAGGGCACCAUGGUGCUGGUCAACGCUUGGGCCAUCGGCCGGGACGCGGCGACCUUUGGCGCGGACGCUGAGGAGUUCCGGCCGGAGAGGUUCGAGGAGGGGACCGCGGCGGCGCUGGACUUCAGGGGGACAGACUUCGAGCUCCUGCCGUUCGGCGCGGGGCGGAGGAUGUGCCCCGGGAUCACGUUCGGGCUCGCCGUCAUGGAGCUCGCGCUGGCGAGCCUCCUCUUCCAUUUCGACUGGGAGCUCCCCGGCGGCACGGUGGAACUGGACAUGGCGGAGACGUUCGGGGUCACGGCGAAGAUGAAGAACGACCUGUGGCUGCAUGCUGCCGUCGUCGUGCCACCUCUGUAAAUAAAUUUGUACGC